AUGGCCCCAACCGACGCUGGAGCCCUGUCGGCCAAGCGCGCCCAGUUUGCUGGUCCUGCUGGUGUUAAGGGGAUCAUCCAUAAUGGGAAGACGACGCUGAUUGCGACUUUUGCGGCGCUGGGUGGGUUUGUUUAUGGAUAUAACCAGGGAAUGUUCGGCCAGAUCCUGACCAUGACCUCCUUUACUGCACGGAUGGAGCCCUGGUACAGCGGUACGACCGGAACACGUCAGGCCCUCUUGACCGCAAUCCUGGAGCUGGGCGCGUGGAUUGGCGCAAUGGUCAACGGAUACCUGGCUGAUGCUGUCGGACGGCGAGUCACUGUUGUUAUUGCGUGUGUGAUUUUCACGGUCGGUGUCAUUAUCCAGGCUUGCACGCUGAAUAAGGACUAUGUCCUCGGUGGUCGCUUUGUUACUGGUAUUGGAGUUGGCGCGUUUAGUAUGCUGGUUCCUUUGUACAAUGCUGAGCUCGCGCCGCCUGAAGUCCGCGGUGCCCUUGUUGCCCUGCAGCAGCUGGCGAUUACAUUUGGAAUCAUGGUGUCCUACUGGAUCGGCUACGGCACAAACUUCAUCGGCGGCACAGGAGAAGGCCAAUCCGACGCAGCCUGGCUGGUCCCCAUCUGCAUCCAGCUACUCCCCUCUACAAUCCUCGCCGUGGGCAUGGUCGCCUUCAUGCCGCAGAGCCCGCGACACCUGAUGAACCGCGACCGCGAGGAAGAAUGUCUCCAGACGCUCGCGCGGCUGCGCAGUACCUCCGUGGACGAUAUCCGGGUGCGCAUCGAGUUUCUUGAAAUCAAGGCCCUGCGCGACUUUGAGCGUAUCCGUGUCCAGGAGAAGUUUCCCCAGUACCAGGAUGGGUCGUUGAAGAGUGGGUUUAUGAUUCAGUAUAAUGACUACCUGUCGCUCGUUACGAAUAAGGCGCUGUUUCGGAGGACCGUUGUUGCUGUCUUGACGAUGGUGUUUCAGCAAUGGAAUGGUGUCAACGCAAUCCUCUACUACGCCCCCUUCAUCUUCCAAGGCCUCGGCCUAGACGGCAACACCGUCUCGCUCCUCGCCACCGGCGUCGUCGGAAUCGUCAUGUUCCUCGCAACAAUCCCCGCCGUGCUCUGGGUCGACAACUUCGGACGCAAGACGAUCCUCAUCGCCGGCGGGAUCGGGAUGGCGGCGUCGCAUUUCAUUGUCGCCGGCAUCACGGGCUCAUUCAGCGGGCAAUGGGAGACACAUCGCGCGGCUGGCUGGGCGGCCGUCGUGUUUGUCUGGAUCUAUGCGAUCUCGUUUGGGUUCUCGUGGGGCCCUGUUGCUUGGAUUAUUAUCAGUGAGGUUUUCCCGCUGGGCAUGAGGGCUAAGGGGGUUAGUCUUGGGGGGCAGUCGAAUUGGCUUAACAAUUUUGCUGUUGCGAUGGCGACCUCCCCGUUUAUCUCGACCAGCCAGUUCGGUGCUUUUAUAUUCUUCGGCGCAAUCACAACAAUCGGCACGAUCUGGGUGUAUUUCUGCGUCCCUGAAACAAAGGGCCGCACACUCGAGGAAAUGGACGAGCUGUUCGGCGAGGCCGGGUUUGCGCAGGAGGAUGCCGACCGCAGGGAGAAGAUCGAGCGGGACAUUGGUCUACAUGCGCUCUUGAAUGGCGAGGAGACGCUGAAGGAGAAGGCUGCGCCUGAGCUCAAGGCUGACGAGGCUGGUGUGAGUGAUGAGUUAGUUGAGGAUGGGCCUGGGCCUCGUCAGGGGGCUUAG